AUGCUCAGCAGACAUCAAGAAGGCACGCUGUCCAUCCGCGAGAUGGUACAGCUGGGCGCUCUGGAGGUGCAAGAUGCACUACUCCUGUCCGAGCACCUGGACAAGCAGGAGGAUGGCGAGAUAAGCCUCGAGGAGCUGAUGACCUUGGUCACCGGUCACGUCGGCGAUGAGUUCGUCGACUCGCUGAAAGGUCUCUUCGCGGCGACCACGAAAUAG